UUAGGUGUCUUACUUGUGCAUCAUUUUACCAAGAACAUCAAGCUUUUUUAACAAGAUGGCUAGUACUAAACCAAGCACUCCUCGCAGCGGUUUAAAGACGAACCCUACUCUUCUGAAGAAUAACUCCCGCAACGAGGUUGACCCACGCGACCAUCAGAACAAGUCCCAUGAGAAAGACCAGAUUGUUGGGCUGAACGACAAAUUUGUUGAUUUCAUCGAGAAGGUCCGUCGCCUGGAAGAGCAGAACAAGGUUCUGGAGACCCGUCUGAAGAUUCUCCUGGAGCAGGAGUCCUAUAAGGGCAACAUCAAAGAGAUUGUGGAUGAACUGAGCAACAACUUGCAGCGCCAGAUCGACGGGCUGGCCCUGGACCGGCAGAAGCUUCUGUCAGAACUGGGCAGGACUCAGAACGAGGUGGACCACAACAAGAAAAGAUAUCAAGAUGAAAUGCACGGAAAGACUGAGGCAGAAAAUGAUUUUGUUAUCACCAAGAAGGACGUGGAUGACGUGUAUCUGCAAAAGGUGGACCUAGAGUUGGAGCUGGAGGACCUGAUGAGUGAACUGGACUUUCUGAAGCGUGGCUAUGAUGAGGAAAUCAAGGAGUUACAGUCCCAGGUGCAGAAUGACACGGUGAUCCUGGAGGUGGACAACGUGCGGGCCCUGGACAUGAAUGAGAUCAUCGACGAGGUCAAGGCCCAAUACGAGGCGAUGGCAGCCCGUGGCCGAGAGGAGGCUGAACUCUGGCAGAAAAAGAGGAUUAAUGACAUUUCUCAGGAAGCAGGGAAACAUGAGCAGGAUCUGCGGGACGUGAGGAGGGAAAUCGCUGAGUUACAGCGUCUCAUUCAGAGGCUAAACGCAGAGAUCGAUGCCCUGAAGAGACAGAAAGAGAACCUGGAAAAAGCGAUCACGGACACCGAGCGCCAGGGAGAGCAGGCACGGGAGGAUGCCCUGGUCCAAAUCCGCCUACUGGAGAAGGCACUAAAGAAGGCCAAGCAUGACAUGGCGCUUCAGGUUCGCGAGUACCACGAGCUCAUGAACCUCAAGCUGGCCUUGGACAUUGAGAUUGCCACCUACAAGAAGCUUCUGGAAGGGGAGGAGAUGAGACUGGCCAACCAGAACAAAGCUCCAGCUCGGCGUAACCCUAACAACAAGUUGGACGACCGGCCACCAUCCCAGCGACGUCAGGAACCCCAUAAAGCCACCCAACCUCCCCCUAAUAAGACCCCCAAGAAAACCAUCCUGAUCAAAACCAUUGAGACUAAGGAUGGAAAGAUUGUCUCAGAGAGCAAUCACAUCUCUGAGGAGUAACACAAGAUCUGACAAAAAAUCACACCCUCCAUAUGUGUACUACACCCCCCCUUAUCUCUCACCUUAAAGGGGCCCUGACAUUAGUCUGUGUAUUGGUUUGAAUGCUCAGUACAAGAAAUAUUUGUUGUUUGGGAGAAGAUUGUUUGAUUGUUCUGCCUGUUCAGCUCUAUCUGUGUUUUGCUUACGAGUAUAAUUUGGGGACAAUGACUUGAAUGCGCACAACUUGGGAAUUGUUUCAAGAUAAAACAGAGAGAUUUUGUAAGUGUGGUGGGUUUUUAUUUGAAUGCUGUAAUCAAAGAUUUUCAGAACAACUGAAAUGUCCUGUGAAAAAUAAAAGGGAUUACUGGUGACAGGAAUGUG